UGUUGGAAUAUUUCUUAUGCGGAAGUUAGCAACACGGAAUUAAUUCGCGACGGACAACAACAAUCAUAUCGCAACUGUACGAAUCAACUUGCAUAUUUAGCAAGUUGAGUUAAACAUACGGGAGCAACACACACAAUAGUAUACACAUCUGUGUAGGAUUAGUCUAGACGGAUAAAUGUCUGAUGUACCAGAAGCUUCUAACAGAGAAGAGGUCGAGGAGAACACCCCUGAACCAGAGGAGCAGUCAGACGAUAGCAGUGACGACGGCGAGGCAUCAGGGGACACAGAGAUGGAUUUCCUGCGCAAUCUCUUCUCUAAAACCUUGGGCAUAUCUGGAGAGAAGGUUUUGGAUGAGCUGACUCUUGAGGGGGUGGCCAGUUACAUACAGAGUGGCAAAUGCAAAAACAUAAUCUGUAUGGUGGGUGCAGGGAUCUCUACAUCGGCUGGGAUCCCUGACUUCCGCUCCCCAGACACGGGGCUCUAUGCUAACCUGCAGAAGUACAACUUGCCAUACCCUGAGGCUAUCUUCCAGAUAGACUACUUUAAGAAACACCCUGAGCCCUUCUUUGCCCUGGCCAGGGAGCUGUACCCAGGACAAUUCAAGCCCACAGUAUGUCACUACUUCAUCAAGUUGCUGAAGGACAAAGGGCUACUCAAACGCUGCUACUCACAGAAUAUUGACACCCUGGAACGUGUAGCAGGAGUGGAGGGAGAGGACCUGAUUGAAGCCCACGGCACCUUCUACACCUCACACUGUGUCAGCUUUAUGUGCCGCAAAGAGUACGACUUGGACUGGAUGAAAGAGAAAAUCUUCUCGGAUGACAUCCCCAAAUGUGACAAGUGCAGCAAUCUGGUUAAACCAGACAUUGUUUUCUUUGGUGAGAAUCUACCGAAGAGGUUCUUCACCUCAAUGGCCAUGGACUUUCCUCGCUGUGAUCUGCUGAUUAUAAUGGGGACCUCCCUGCAGGUUCAGCCCUUUGCUGCUCUGGUUGGCAGGGUUUCAAACAGCUGCCCCAGACUGCUCAUUAACCUGGAGAAAGCAGGCGGUGCAGAUCCUCUAUUAGGGAUUAUAAGCAUUGGCGGAGGGAUGGACUUUGACUCAGCGAAAGCAUACAGGGAUGUGGCUCAUAUUAGUACAUGUGAUGAUGGAUGCUUGGCACUUGCUGAGCUACUGGGAUGGAAGGCGGAGCUGGAAGAGAUGGUGAAACGGGAGCAUGAGAAGAUUAACAGCAAAGCCGAAGAGGAACAGACCAAUCAGCGCUCUGGAGCUGCAGGGAAGGCGGAGUCAGGGAAGGCAGAGUCAGGGAAGGCGGAGUCAGGGAAGGCGGAGGUAGAAUAACUAAUGAGACCGGCCGGCCGGCUCCAAACCAUCACUUGGCUUCAGUCUGGAAGCAGAGUUCCAUACAUUAACCAGGACUGUGCUCUCCUGUCUGUUUUGGAUUUUCUCCCUUUAGUCUGCACUUUACUAACUUCUCUCUCUCUCCAACCUCUGUUUGACAUAAACCCACCUCCUGACUCCUACUGUGUGUAUUGGUCUGUCUUUUGACAGUUCCCACAGAUGGAGUUUAUAGCAAUACACACUAUAAUGAGCAUACAUUUCCUUCUGAGGGAGAGAACUACAGGCACUGAGCUGUCAGCAUGCCAACUAGCUCUGUUGAGUCAUAUAGUUGAUGAUUUUAGACUGAAAUGACAAAGUAUAGAGGGCAUGGCAGGGUAACAAAGAUGAUGAAUAUCUGAUGCAUCCACUGAUGCAGUGACACAACUACUGUAAAUAAAAUGGGGGAAAAGUAUGAUAUAGCAUUUUAUGACUUACUAUUUAUAAUCAAUUAUAAUUAUGGAUUUGUUUUUCAUGACAUUGCUUUUUGUGCUCCUUGUUUCUAUCAAUUGUUUCAAUAUAAUUAUUUUUAACAAUAUGUUUUAAUCUAUUAAGCGUACCUGUGACAUUUAGUUUCUCUACUUCCUGUAGCUGUUGGUGUAGGACGGUUUCUAUUUCAGCACAAAUGAUGCAGCAGGAAGUUACCACAGUGGUGUGAGAUGAUGUCGCAGUACAUCUCUGGUGUUGACCAAAUGCAACUCGAUGCUUUCUAAAAGAUUGCUUGUGAUACAACAAGUAAAAACACAAAAUAAAGUGUCAGUCUCCCGCUGAA